CUCGGCCUGAACGGGUCAGACACAUCAAAGGAGCGAGGAGCGCCGCGUUAUCACUCGAGCUGCUGAUACACCCUCAGUUUCCAGCAUCUACAGACUGUCUGCUCAGGCUACAGGUGAACCAGCUCCGCACUGCAGGACAGAGGUUGCCAUGAGGGCGGCGUGUGUGAUCAUCUUGGCCUCUCUGACGGUGUCCAUGUCACCCGGGAUCCAGGCUCAGACUCUGGCGGGUGAGGGUGACCCGUCUCUGGAUCAGCUGUUCCAGCGAGCGGAGAGUCUGCUGGUCCGCUCCAUUCUCACACAGAUGGAGGACGAGAACAACAACAACGGAGAGCAGACGGAGUGGCUGGAGAAGAGACAGCACCCGGGCAAGCGACAGCAUCCCGGUAAACGCGAGGACGCCGACUACGAAGACGAGGCUUCUGCCCUCCAGAAGAGACAGCAUCCCGGUAAACGCGAGCAGGAGGAGGACAGCGGCCGGCUGAGGAGGCAGCACCCCGGGAAGCGGCUGUCUCUGGAGCAGGUGAUGCUGGAGGAGCCCAGCGCGCAGAGCGAGCUCUCCAAGCGCCAGCACCCCGGCAAACGCUACCUGAUGCUGCUCCACAAACGGCAGCACCCCGGCCGGAGAGAGCUGCAGGAGGCGGAGGGAGACUUCUCGGACCUGGCCAAGCGCCAGCAUCCCGGGAAGAGACUGUGCGAGGACUGGACCGAGACCGGCUGCGAUCCAGCCAGCGUCCUGCUGGAGCUCCUGGACAGAAGCGGCGCCGAGGAGAAGCGACAGCAUCCCGGCAAACGCCUCGAGCUGGAGGACGAUCUCACGGAGCGAGAGUGACUGGCAAAAGAGUUUGCUGAAUUGUCCGAGUUGUUAAAACGGAUGAAUAAGUAAGUGUCCAUUGCUUUCCGCGUCCGAUUCAUGGAAAACGCACCCGUCUCGAUGUGUCCUUCACCAAAUACAACAUGUGCCUGGAUCAACAUAAUUAUUGAUCCUGGAACAACAUUCCAAAUCAACCAAUCAGAAUUGAUGGAUAACUUUUCAGGAAAUCUCAGUUUUCGGCUUACAAUCAGGGUUAGGUGCUUCUACACCCUUGUUAAUCUGCUAUCAUUCCCCACUGAUUUUAGGAAUAAAUUAACGAAAAUGAACCAUGGUUUUACUACAAAUGAAACCAAAACAAAACAAAACAAAAAAACAUGGUUACUAUAGUUCAACCAUGGUAACCACAAAUGAACCAUUUUGAUACACUAACGUGGUAUUUGUAGUAAAGCUGUGGUUAUACAAAUGGUAAUCAAUACUCCAAAAAAAAAAAAAAAACAUGGUUACUACACUUUUACUACAGUAAACCCAUGGAUAAUUUUCGCAAGUGUAGGUUUAAGUCUAGUAAGUAGGUUAAAGUAGGUUAAGUCUAUAUUUUCGGACAGUAUAAUGUUGAUCCAGAAACAUGUUUUGUUUUACUGGUCGCUUUCACGUUUCUCGUUUCGAUCCAGCAAGAGUGUGUUUGUCCUCCGUUCGUCGUGCGUCGCUUUCCGUCUCUACAGCAGCUGUGCGCGGGAAUCCGCUGGAACCUGCUGCACGUGUUUGGUUUGGCACACAGCUGUGCUGCUCCACGAAACACUUCACUAAUGCAUGCGAGCAGAGAACAUCUCCAGCGUCAAUCUCCUUCGAUUUGGUUCGCAAAACUAUGAAACGGGUUGCCGGAAUAUUUUUCUACAGUAGCUAGCUUAAUUCUUGCAUGACUUGACCUGUACAUGAUUUCAUGAUUUAUUUUUGUUCUAUUGAUAAAGAGCAUAUAAAUGAUUAUAAUGUUGUACAAUAAAAUGCU